GCUUCGUAUCCCAAAGCUGUAUGCCCCAAAGAGUGGUUUCAACAUCGGGAGGUAAGGUAGCGAGGACCGGAAGUGCAGCAUUAACCCAUUCAAGAAUGAAUGUGCCAGCUACUUACCUCAACCGGCACAUGGCAACUGCCUUUGGCAGCUUUUGUAAGUGCUUUGAUUACAGAAGAAACCGGUCCUUCUUUCCUUUCACAUUUAGAUUCAUGCUUCCAUGCUCUCUCGCAGUGUUAUCUUUUCUCAAGCACGACCAUUCAGAGAGAACAAGGCAGAUUCUCUUUUCCUGCGUCCAAGAAUCCCAUUUGCUACAACAUCUCAAUAGAGGGAGCCUUUCACCCUGUUUUGAGCUCGACCGUAGGUUCUUGGGUUUCGCUCACCACUGAGCCGAUGGACGGGCUUGUUGACGGCAGCAUUCCCACACCUACACCGUCCCGUUUAGCAAGGAAGGAAAUGCUCUCAUACUUUGGCUCGACGCGUGGCGAUCAAGUGCUUGCUAGUAGCUUCGCUCUGCAGGCAAAGAUAUCCCGUCGCGGAGAGUAUGCUCGAGAUCUGCUCCAUUCAAAUCCGUAGACAACUCAAUCAACCAGCCCGAAGGAGCACCGACGGCGCCAUCCCCUUAGUCCUUUAGGCCUCCUCCCGGGUGGUCAUGUGGCCUCGCCGCCAACACAUCAAAGAGAGCACAGCAGCAACAAAAGAAUACAGCGGCUAGCCAGCUCCGAUGCUCCUUCACCUGUUGAUACCAUGUUCCUGACUUAAGUAAGGGGCACCGACAAGUCUCAUGAUCUGCAAGUCGUAGUCAAUGGAACUGGCGAUCAAGUACCGGGUACAUUAUGGGCAGAGAAUUUUAGGGGGGAUGUUGAUGUACUUGUACUUGUACGCAGAUGAGCUGUCUUCGUCCUCGGCUU